AUGUUACGGUUGCAGUUUGACACAGCAUCAGACAUCACCGUCCUAUCAAAGCGCUCAUGGGAGAAACUUGGCUCACCACCGCUGCUUCCAACUGGUACCCAAGCAAAAACCGCUUCUGGAAAUUCCCUCAACAUCAUCGGUCAACUGCAAUAUAGCAUCACUCUGGGCAAUACCACAAAAUCUGGAUUGUGCUAUGUGACGAACCAUCAACACCUGAAUCUUUUCGGUCUGGACUGGAUCGAAAUGUUCGAAUUGUGGUCACUUCCUCUUUCCACGAUUUGCAACCAAGUUCAAACCAAUCAAGCUACAUCGAUCCAGCACUACAAGGCGGCGUUCCCAAAUGUUUUCAACAACACACUUGGGCAUUGCAAGAAAACAAAAGUGCAACUGUUCCUCAAGCCGGUUGCACGACCCGGCACGACCUCAGUGGCAAAGGUUGACGCCGAAGUCGAUUUUUCUCAAUGGGCCGCUCCUAUCGUCGUGGUAAGGAAACCAGGUGGCAAGGUUCGUAUAUGUGCUGAUUAUUCCACUGGAUUGAAUGCAUCUCUUGAGGCCAACAAUUAUCCACUUCCGGUUCCGGAAGAUAUAUUCUUUAAACUCAACGGUUGCAAGUUUUUCAGCAUCAUCGAUCUCUCCGAUGCAUACCUUCAAGUAGAAGUGAACGACAAAGCCAAGAACAUUCUCACAAUCAACACACAUCGAGGUCUCUACCGUUUCAAUCGCCUCGCACCGGGAGUCAAGUCAGCACCCGGGACUUUCCAACAGCUCAUGAACGGUAUGAUUGCGGAUCUUGAGGGUGUGGAAUCGUUCCUGGACGACAUCAUCGUCUUCAGCAAAACUUUUGACGAUCAUCACAAAUUCCUCAUCGCUCUUUUCAAGCGCCUUGAAGAAUAUGGUUUUCAUCUGCAACAUCCUCCAACAUCGCAUCAAGUAUCUUGGGCACAUUGUUGA